AUGUCGGAACCAAGGGUUCGCAUGACACGGCAUCAAGGCCAACUGAGCUUCGGCCCCGAGAUUCGACAAUUUCUUUACGCCUAUGGUGACACUACUCCUCACUCUAGCUACCCUCAGGAGUCCAACCCAGAGACAGUCCGCGUCCUCGAUGAGAUUGUAACCGACUUCGUUAUCGAGACUUGCCACGAAGCAGCCCAGGUCGCCAACUAUUCAAACCGACAGAAAGUCAAGUCAGAUGAUUUUCGCUUCAUUCUACGCCGCGAUCCGAUAAAACUUGGACGUGUCCAGGAGCUGUUCCGUUUAGAACGUGAGCUCAAAGAGGCUCGAAAGGCUUUCGACCAGAAUGAUGACCGCUUAGGCGGAGGUUUAAAGGAAUCCUCGAAGGCGGAAUUGGCGGAUCUAGCUGGUGAAGCUGGAGCACAAGAUAACGGCUUCGCAAAGGACGGCACCUCUGGACCAAAACGUAGAGGCAAGCGAGGAAAGUAUAAGAAGAGACAGCCUCCGGCUGACCAGGCCAGUACCGGCACAGGCAAGAAACGCAAGGUUGCAUCUUUUGAUGGUUUCUUUACCUAA